AUGAGAUUAGUACAGGUUCACGCGAAGUACUUGGGAAUCCCUACCAUUAUUGGUAGGUCCAAAAAGUCUGUCUUUGCCACUCUUAAGGACCGCAUUUGGAAGAAAUUACAAGGGUGGAAGGAGAAACUUCUCUCGAGGGCAGGGAAAGAGGUGCUUAUUAAGUCAGUUAUUCAAGCUAUCCCGACUUACCUUAUGGGCGUGUACAAGCUACCGUGCAGCAUUAUUGAUGAGAUUAGGUCUAUGACAACAAGAUUUUGGUGGAGGAGCUCCGGUUCGCAAAGGAAAGUUCAUUGGAAAAAUUGGGAUACGAUGUGUACUCCAAAGUGUCUAGGAGGCAUGGGGUUUCGAGACAUGGUUGUUUUUAAUGAGGCCUUGCUUGCCCUUGGUCUCAAUGGCAGUUACUCAUGGCGCAGUAUAUGGAGCUCGAAGUCUCUAGUCAAAGAGGGUCUUAUUUGGCGGAUAGGCAAUGGUGAGAAGGUGAAUGUGUAUGAAGAUCCUUGGUUUACUGAUGAGCAGGGAUGCUUUAUUUUAUGA